AUGGUUAUCAGACAUAACAAUCCAUGCCUUCUUACGCAUGAAAUCGAGGAGCUAAAAGAUGCUAGGGUUUCGAACCUUUUGGAUGUUAAUGGAAGAUGGGAUGAGGAACUGAUAAGAGACAUCUUCGAUCCACAGGAUGUUCCUAGAAUCCUCUCUACCCCGGUAUCUCCUGAGUAUGAGGAUUCGUGGUGCUGGUUUGGAGAUAUAAGGAGGGUGUACACGGCUAAACAUGGGAGCAGCAAAGUUCCCCCGAAGAUCCACAAUUUCAUGUGGCGAUGUGUUAUGAAUGUUCUACCGGUGUGUGAGAACCUAAGAAGCAAGAGAGUGUUUAUUGGUGGUGGUUGCCCUUUGUGUCCGGCAGAUAUGGAAACGGGGAAACCGUUCUUGUGCUUUGUGGAGUCUAUAUAUGAGAAGCCAGAUGCGCAUGAUGCAGUGUUAAUGGCGGCCAGAUUCUGGACGUCUUGGCUUGCCCGGAAUGACAAGGCCGUGUAUGCCAACACGGUGUCUAAUCAUUUACCCAGUCCUUCUCCUGCUAUCCGGUCACCACCUCCAUCAGGCAUGUUGAAAUGCAAUGUUGAUGCAGCAAUAACCGAAGGUUUCAGAGGGGCGGGUUUGGUGAUUCAUGAUCAUCAUGGUAACUUUGUAGCGGCUUAUGCAACCCACUUAUCUUGUGGUUGUGACCCGUAUCUGGCUGAGGCGCUAGCCAUAAAGGAGGAUUUAACAUGGAUCAAGGCUCGUGGAAUCACUCAGAUUAUAAUUGAAACAGAUUGUAUGAACUUCUAUAAUAGUUUUCAAUCUUCGCACCUUGACUUGUCCUAUGUUGGUGUGGUUAUUAGGCAAUGUGUUGAUAUUGCUAGGGAUAUUGGGGAUGUUUCUGUCCACCAUAUCUUAAGGUCAGUGACACAGACGCUUUUCGUUUACGGUUCUCAUUUAGAAGUGUCGUCAAAAGAUUAG